AUGUUGCUCUACGGACUCUCAAUCAUCUGCAACUCGUAAGACUCACAGACUGAUACCCACCCAGUCACCCACACGCUAAUCGACCCACGGCGUGUUGUCUGUCCGUUGAUGUGUGUAGGAGUUUCAACGACAUCGACGCUCACCGGUGCGCGGCCUACACGCCCCGCCUGACGCGCGACCACACCACCGACCAGAACAACCUCUGUCUGAUGUCUGUCUGUCUGUCUGUCUGAUGUCUGUCUGUCUCUCUGUCCAGGACAAUUGCAUCGCUGCCUACAUCUUAUAUCCCGAUCGUAACUCUCUCAAGCAGCCGAGCCAUCCAGCCAGCCGCAGUCCAGUCCAAGAUCGUCAGCCUUAAGAUGCGAUCGACAUGCCCAAGCGCAUCGACACACACUAACUCAGUGCGAGUAAAAUCCAUCCAUCCACACGCAACAAGCGACACAUGCUUGCACGUCUCACCUCUUUGUCUGUCUGUCUGUCUGUAUCCUUAGUUGUCAACCAACACCAGAAGACGAGUCUAAGUCAAGCUUCAACAGGAAAACCGCUCACCGAACAAUCGCGAACGCCGACAGAACAGGAGACGUGGCACCUCUAUCGUACGGAAGAAACUGGUGCGUGCGGACGGACGCACCAUGACACACUCUUCAUGUCUCUGUUUAUGUGUGUGUGCAGAUGGUGAGCAUCAGGGACCAGUCUCUGCCACUCGAGUGGGGCGGCCAAUGGGGACAGCCGCAGGGGCAGAGUGCCAGUGCGCAGCCGAUGGACACUGCGGCGAAGGCCACCAGGUCAGACAGAGACACGCAGAGACACACACACACACACAUCUAUCCAUCCACCCUUGCAUGCAGCCCGGAGCCGUCACCCGGCCUCCCGUCGACCGUCGCCUCCCAGGAUGAUCGGCAUCGUCUGUCUUCACCUCCCAACCCACAGCAGGAGCCAGACCCCUUUGCACCUGCAGGGGGCUGCGGCAGAAGUGCAAGAAGCGCGCCCGCAGCCCCUUCCCAUCAGCCAGCCCCACAGACAGCGAUCUCCAGCCCCUUCCCAAGGUCAAGCGCCGCCCGACGCCUCAUGAGAAGGAUGAGGCGCCAGCCGUCUUCGGUGGCGUGGGGGAGGAGGUGCUGUGGGGCCCGUUGAACAAGGCGCGGGAGGGCGAGAUCGUCAAGGCAGCAGAGACAGCGUACGACCAGACCGGCCUGACCAUGGGGAAGAGGGCACCUCGCGGCCAGGGAAGGAGUCGCCAGACGAUCGUGUGGGGCGACCAGCGUGUGCUGGGCCGCGGUGCCGCCUGGCCCCAGAGGAUGGUGGCGAUGAUGACAAGAUGGAUAUCGAUGAGGGUGCGGGUGCUGCUGGUGGUGAUGAUACGCUGGAGAGCCUGGCGGAGUGGCUGGGCGAGGGGCGCACAUAA